CUAACUAAAAAAUCAAAAUCAAAACAAGUGAAAAAAAAACCAAACAAAAAUCUAUCUACAAUAAAAUGUCAAAUAUCUGACAGAGCAACCCUCCGCCUCAAUAAAUCAAAAAAAGGAAGAAAACGUCUCCUUCAAAAAGAAGAAGAAGAAGAAGUCAUACAAGUGCCUUAAAAAAAACAAAAACUAACGCUAAUUAAUAUGUCAAAAAUCUGACAGUGACUCAAAUAAAAAAAAAUAGAGCAACAUAUUGAAACCAAAAAACUUUAUGCAAACACAAAUUGUUUGCAAAUUUUCAAAUAUAUUUUAUAUAUUUUUCUUGUGAAGCGUUAAGCUAAAAAAUAUUGCUAGAAUGUCAGCCCAAAUCUGACAGUGACUUUAACCCCCCAAAACAAAAACAAAAACAAGUGCAUAAAUAAAUUAAAAAAACUGCAAUAAAAACCAUAAAACGUCACUUUAAAAGGGCGUUUAAAAUUAACGAAAGCAAAAAAAUCGUUCUAUCAUUUCAAUAACGUUUAAAAAACUUUGCAAUAAAUGGAGAAAUCUGAUAUACGAAUGCAACGCAUGUCAAAUGAACCAAAAUAUUAUAAAUCACAAUCAAGCUAUAUGUAUUUGCGUAACAAAAUGCUGUUAAAAAUUGAAAACACCCUACUCCGAAGCCAUCGUCAGCGUGAGACCACCGGUAUUAAGAAACUAUACAAUUCAUUUUUUGUACUGUUUUAAAUGUUGCCCGUUUGUUAAAUACGGCCGGGCACCCCAACAACAACAACAAAAAUACAAUAAUAAAGUUGUAAAACGACCCAUAACGCACAACGAAUUUGAUCAAUUCUACAACAAAAACAAAAAGCAACAAAAAACCCUAAAAAAAAUAAGAACAAACAAAACAAAGCAAAAAAACUAUAGAUAUUAUUUGGUUGUUAGUCGAACUACGUCAAUAAAGAGAGAUAAAAAGUAAAAAAAAGAAAAAAAAACUAUUAUUUUUUUUUCCUAUGUGCUGUGCUCUGUUUUAAAUGAAAACUAUCUUCAAAUCUAAACUAUCCUACAUCUCUGUAUAUAAUAACCUGUUAUUGUCGAAAUGUUAACUUAAACUGAGAGACAAAAAACAAAACCCAACAAAGAA